AUGAAAAAACGUCUCACAGACCUCAGCUUAAAAAUCAAGACCACUAUUCAGCCCUUGUUCAUCAGCAGAAAACUCAACGAAGACCUUAAAUUUCGAGAAGUCAAGCCAGCCAUUGUUAACCAACAAUGUUUAGUUUAUCAAUUUCAAUGUAAUCUGUGCGAUGCAGGAUAUGUUGGUUAUACUCGCAGCCACCUCCACGAACGCGUUGAUGGACACAAACAGAAAUCGUCGUCAAUUUGUAAACAUUAUCUUAGCAAACAUAACUUGGACGUACCACCUUUACUUUCAGAACAAUUUCAUGUGCUUAAGGAGAUGCUCUUUAUAAGAAAACUCAAACCAUCCCUAAACGUGCAGGCAGACUCGAUUCGCGCAAAGGUAUUCACUUGA